UCCGCUUACAACGGUCCUCCCAUCAUCACCUCAGAAGCUUUCAGAACUUCUUCUCGUGGGCAAAAUGUAUCAAUCAUCCUCUUCUCCCAUGUCAAAAUACGGAGUGCAGAUUGUCCCAUUCAAGACAUCAACGACGUCGUUGAGGAUGCUUUUGUUGCAUGGGAAUUUGGAGAUUUGUGUGGAGGGAGCCAAGAAUCUUCCUAAUAUGGAUUUAGUGAACAACAGCAUAGGUGAUAUGAUAGGGACUUUGUCUGGGAAAAUACAAACAAGUGACCCUUAUGUCACAAUUGCAAUAUCUGGUGCUGUAAUUUGUAGGACUUUCGUGAUUAGAGAUGAUGAAAAUCCCGUUUGGGACCAACAUUUUAAUGUCCCAGUAGCACAUUAUGGUACAGAGGUGCAGUUUAUUGUUAAAGACAACGAUUUCCUGGGAUCUGAGAUCAUAGGGGCUGUUGGGAUCCCUAUGGAGCAGUUAACCUCAGGGACUAGAAUGAGUGGAACUUAUCCAAUCAUCGGUGCAAACGGGAAGCCGUGUAACAAGGGGGCUACUUUGAGCUUAUGGAUUAAGUAUAUACCAAUGGAGAAUAUGUCAAUUUAUCAAGAUGGAGUGGGAUCAGACCUUAAGAAUGAAGGUGUGGCCGGUACCUAUUUUCCUCUUAGGAUAGGUGGAACUGUCACACUGUACCAAGAUGCUCAUGUGCAUAAUGGCGCACUUUCAGAUGUGGUGUUGAGUGAUGGAACGACGUAUAAAAAUGGUAGUUGUUGGCGUGAUAUAUAUGAUGCAAUAUCUAAAGCUCGCUGGCUAGUUUAUAUCACAGGAUGGUCUGUAUACUGA